UGCCAAAUGGCCAGGGUAUUAAGGGCUCAUGGGAUAACAGCACUGCUGGAUAAGAGUGUUAUAUGCAAACAGUGACACAGUAUAUGCCUGUAUAUCACUGCUCCCACAAUAGGGACCAUUCUGGGGAACAGAGAGAGGUUGCGGAAAAUAUAGGGAGUCCCAAGGUGACUUUCUUAUUGUGCGACUCCAUAAAAGCAGGAACUGCAAGAGAAUUACAGCCACAUUAUAGCCUAAAACAGGACAUGCAGUCACACAGGAAAGGAAGUGGCCACGGAACUUGCUCAAGAGCUUGCACUUAACUGUAAUUGUAAACUCUUUGUGGGCACUCUGGGGAGGCUUAGUGUAAUCCAAGGGAGGGACUUUAAGUUAGACCCAAAGUGAAGGAAGCCUGUGGUAAUGAUUCAGACACCCAGUGACCCCUGCUGGGAUUGCCCCCCAGCGUUGAUGGCUCUAGGUAUGGCGUAUCAGUCCCUGGGCUUGUGAGCGGAAGUUUUGCAGCCGGAGUCAGGAAGUUACAUUCUCACCGCAGGAUGUCAUAAUUCCCCUCCUGCCCCCCCACUCCCAUCCCUCAAUCAGAGGUGAUAAUAAGUGUGUUCUCAUAACUCCAUCCCUUACCUUCAUGGGACUCCGAGACAGGGAGAAGUCAAGGGGCCUACUGCCAAAAUACUCUGUAGUAUGCACAGGAGGUGGGAAUUUUCCCCCUGGACCUCACUCUCUGCAGUACACAGGGCCUGAUCUCAGCGAGUCUCCCAUGUCACGAUAUGACAGGAACCAGCCCAUCCGGAACCACCGGUCCAAUCCCUGCUGUUUCUGCUGGUGCUGCUGCUGUAGCUGCUCAUGGAACAAAGACCGAAACAGACGCCGGCGACUUUCCCGGGACACCAAGUUGGAGAUUUUCCCUCACUGUGAAGUUUGUUCCAAACCGAGCUCGGAGGAGGUUCGAAGUUGGGCCGGCUCCUUUGAGAAGCUGAUGAAGAAUCCGGCUGGCCGGAAUGUGUUCCGUGAGUUUCUGCGCACCGAAUACAGCGAGGAAAAUAUGCUGUUCUGGUUGGCAUGCGAAGAGCUGAAAAAAGAGUACUGUAAGCACAGUAUUGAGGAGAAGGCACAGAUGAUAUACGAGGAUUAUAUCUCCAUCCUGUCCCCCAAAGAGGUCAGCUUGGACUCCCGUGUCCGAGAGAUGAUUAACCGGCGGAUACAGGAGCCGUCCUCCCACACGUUCGACGACGCGCAGCUGCAGAUCUACACGCUGAUGCAUAGAGACUCCUACCCACGGUUUUUAAACUCAGGCAUUUACAAGGCGCUCCUGCAGAACAUCUCGCGCUCCAGCUCCGAGUCGUAGGGCCACCAGCAGUGCGGGGAGCGGUAAGAGCCCAACACACAUUUCAAUUUGUUACUCGAGAUCCUGAGAGGAGCAGCCUGUGUCUCUCUCUCUCCCACCUCAUUAUUAAACCUGAAACUGCCUGAGAGAGAAGCCGCACAGAGACUUGGAGACAGUUUGUGGGUUCUGCAUUUGGAGAGAGGCCUGAUUAUGGCACCCUCCUCCCAUCACUCCGGACUUUCUCCUGCACCACCCCCUACAGACAUUGGGGUGCAGGAAGGCUUUACCUCAGGCUAACAAUACUACUGGAUACUUCAGGACAGGCUGCAGGCAAUGGGUUAGAACUGAGCCAGUAGUUCUGUGCAAGGGAGACUUGGGUUGGACCUACUGCAGUUGGAAUGAAUGUCUCCUUCUCUAGUGCCAUUAUAAACAGCACUGACUGUAUCUGUACCAGCUGGAGCAUCUGGACCUUCUCCCAUGAGGCAUUUAUACGGGGCAAUUACCUGUCACAGGGGCAAAUAACGAGCUUAGUUUCCUUACGUAUAGAGGGUGAGUAGGUGCAUGUGUAGGACUGGGACAGGGGGAUCCUUGUAGAAUACAACAAACCACAGAUGCAGCUCCUUGUAUUCACGUUAUACCGUUGCCAAAAUACACAAGCUCCACCCACUCAGUGCAGCACACACCUGGCCUGGGGGAGGGGGCUGUUUACAGUGAAGAUUUUGGAACCCCCUGGUUGGGGGGAGGGGAAUUGCAAUACUCUGGCAUCCAUUGGGGGUGGGGCAUUUUGCCAGUUGCUGUCCAGCCUUCCUACACUUGCCAAAUACCCAAGGACUCCUACAGUCAAUGUCAUCACCUGACACCGCCAAACAGUGUUACUUCAUCACCUCCAAGAGAUUUUAAAGAACUUUUUUAAGAAAAAAAAACAUACAUAUAUAUAUGAACAAAUAUAUAUAUAUCAUAUUCUCA